UGACUCUUAAAUUUUAGUACAGAUUUUAUAUAUAUUUAAACUCCUCUUGUCUGACUAACAUUUUGAGUAACAGGGUUUGUAUCUCACACCAUUUAAUAAAUUUUCUUUCAUGUUUGGUCUCUUUUUUUCUUUGUUCUAUUACAAUUUCAAGCUAACAAGAGAACAUUUCCCCUACAUUCUUCCUCUGUUGCACAGUGAGGUUAUUGAAUUUAGACAUAUUCUGAGGUGAAAACUGCUACGGCAAUUUAAAAUUUCUCGUCUACAUAUUUUGCAUCUUUUGUGAAGGGAGUAAAUGGUUUGGCUUCUUUCAAGUCCUUUACCUCUCUCCUUUCCCCACAAGAGAAAAUUGGUAUUAUGCUCCUUUGCUGCAGAAUUGGCUAAUGUCAUUUUACAGGGACUUUCACUUUUCUGAUUUAUCCUUCCUUUCCCAUAAGGAAAGAAAGCAAUACUUAAGUCACACUGUCUCCAGGACAUCUGAUGCUUUGACACUCUUAGCACAGCUCUGCUAAACCCAGGUCCCUUUUUAAGAUUCACAUGGGGCAGCAGGGAUUACAGGUGUUGCAGAUAAAACUAGGAGGGGGCAAGGAUUUUGAGGCCUUUUAGAGAGGGGUGAGUUGAAGGGAACUAAUCCUAGUUAAAACAAAGGGGAAAGAUUAUGUCAGUUUUAUGAAUGUAAUUGGAAGAAAAGGGUGAACUAUAUGUAGCAGAGACAUCCCUGUUGGGAAGAAUAAGAAGCAGAAGGGGAGGGCCAGUUUUCCAUUUCAGUGUCUUAAUUUCCAUUCUUGGAGGGGGUGACAGUGUUGAAGCAUCAUGAUUCCCUCUACAGUACUCAUAUCAUAAUCUAAAGUUCUAUUAAUUGGAUUCUAUAAUUUAAAAAAAAUAAUAAUAUAGUGGAGUUUCCUAUAUCUGUCCUUAUAAUGUUUUAGGUUGUUUAUUCUCUGUUGAUGCUUAGUAGCAUGAUGAAAAACUGAGCAGUUGUGCUCUCUGACUUUGGAGGGUGGGGGUUUGUUUUCUUUUAUUUUGAUGGAAGUGCUAAGCCAAUUUAAAUAUGACUGAGGAUUAAGUCUGGCAGGCAACUCUUUGUAUUUUGUAUUAGACUUCAAAAUCUUUUCUUCUUCUUCCUCUUCUUUUUUUUUAAAUCCAGGAGAAUGCUUUAUUGCAACUUUUAGCUGACUAGAUGCUUAACUUAGUAACAAGUUUAGCCCUUGUAACUGGCUAGCUAAAAGCAAAUCGGCUUGUUUCUCAGAUCUUUGGGGGAUAGCAAGAAACAUUUGAGUGAAUGUUGUUGAAGAUUUUCAGUAGUAUAGAAAAUGAUGGCGCUCUUGUGAUAUUUGUAAGUACAAGCAAGGAUUUGGCACAGACAUCCUAUUUCAUGGCUACCAACAGGUUGUUAUCCUGACCCUCUUUGUUGCACUGUUGUAGCACACUAUAGCUUCCUUUAAUGCAGGGCCCCCUCAAUGUGUCUCUUACCCUUGUUGCAACAGGAGACUGGACCAUCUACUGUGGUGGUACCUUCCUGUCUGCUUUGCGGUGUAUUGUACAAGGGACUUUGGGCACAGAGGGGUUAAAUGCACAAUGUGAAGUGUAGUGGUGCUUUCUGAUGACAUAUUCUCGAUUUGUGAGUGCAUAAGUCUAAAAUUGGUAGCCUGAAUAGCAGCUAAAGAUUACACAGAGCUAAACUUAACGUAGAAAUUCGAGCAACUUGUCUACAUCUUACCACCUUCUGUCUUCAGUACAAACCAACAGUGAUAGCAUGUGUAUGCAUUCAUUUGGCUUGCAAAUGGUCUAAUUGGGAGAUUCCUGUGUCAACUGAUGGAAAACAUUGGUGGGAAUAUGUGGAUCCUACAGUUACUUUAGAAUUAUUAGAUGGCUGAUCAGGCGGCUAAGAAACCAAAAGUAGAUAGACAAGUAUCGGAAACACCGCUUCUUGGUUCAUCUUUGGUCCAAAAUUCCAUUUUAGUAGAUAGUGUUGCUGGUGUGCCUGCAAACCCAAGUUUUCAGAAACCAUCUACAUCAGCAUUCCCUGCACCAGUACCUCUGAAUUCAGGAAAUAUUUCUGUUCAAGACAGCCAUACGUCUGAUAAUUUGUCAGUGCUAGCAACAGGAAUGCCAGGUACCUCAUACAGUUUGUCGUCACACCAAGAAUGGCCUCAACAUCAAGAAUCAGCAAGGACCGAGCAGAUAUAUUCACAGAAACAGGAGACAUCUCUGUCUGGUAGCCAGUACAACAUCAACUUCCAGCAGGGACCUUCUCUCUCCCUGCAUUCAGGAUUGCAUCACAGACCUGACAAAAUUUCUGAUCAUUCUUCUAUUAAGCAAGAAUAUACUCAUAAAGCAGGGAGCAGUAAGCACCAUGGGCCAAUAUCUGCUACUCCAGGAGUUAUUCCUCAGAAGAUGUCUUUAGAUAAAUACAGAGAAAAACGUAAGCUAGAAACCCUUGAUCUGGAUGUCAGGGAUCAUUAUAUAGCUGCCCAGGCAGAACAGCAACACAAACACGUGCAGUCGCAGGCAACCAGCAGCAGCUCUGUAACUUCUCCCAUUAAAAUGAAAAUUCCCAUCACAAAUGCAGAAAAACCUGAAAAAUAUAUGGCAGAUAAGAAGGAAAAAAGUGGAUCGCUAAAAUUACGGAUCCCAUUACCACCCACUGAUAAAAGUGCCAGUAAAGAAGAACUGAAAAUGAAGAUAAAAGUUUCUUCAGAAAGGCACAGCUCUUCUGAUGAAGGCAGUGGGAAGAGCAAGCAUUCCAGCCCACAUAUUAGCAGAGACCAUAAAGAUAAGCACAAGGAACAUCCCUCCAAUCGCCACCACCCCAGCAGUCACAAGCAUUCCCACUCACACAGUGGCAGCAGCAGUGGUGGCAGUAAACACAGUGCUGAUGGAAUACCACCCACUGUUCUGAGGAGUCCUGUUGGCCUGAGCAGUGAUGGCAUUUCCUCUAGUUCCAGCUCUUCAAGGAAGAAGCUGCAUGUCAAUGAUGCAUCUCACAACCAUCACGCCAAAAUGAGCAAAAGUUCCAAAAGUUCAGGUAGUUCAUCUAGUUCUUCCUCCUCUGUUAAGCAGUAUAUAUCCUCUCACAACUCUGUUUUUAACCAUCCCUUACCCCCUCCUCCCCCUGUCACAUACCAGGUGGGCUACGGACAUCUCAGCACCCUCGUGAAACUGGACAAGAAGCCAGUGGAGACCAACGGUCCUGAUGUCCAUCACGAGUACAGUACAAACAGCCAGCAUAUGGACUACAAAGACACAUACGACAUGCUGGACUCGCUGUUAAGUGCCCAAGGAAUGAACAUGUAAUUGUUUAGGUCAAUUUUUCCUUUCCUUUUUUAAUUUAAAAAUUGUUAGAAUGGAAUCCUCCUGAUCUAGCAGUGGUAACACCUGCCGUUGCUGCCACUGUUUCAAUAUUUGUAAGUGCUGCUUUAUUCUUCAUUCUGAAAAGAAGAGAUUAUAGUAAACAAGUCUUUAUCUCCACAUAUGAUAGUGUUAUAAAUACUGUAAAAGCAUGGAAGGUGCAAAGCUCAGUUUUUCUACAAUUGCAGCUGAGAACAUUAGGAUGAAUGGCUGGCUGCUUCUAGGAAUAUAAGAUGCCUCAAGCAUUUGUUAUUUAUAAUUUGAAUACUGUAGCUAUAUUAUUUUUGUUGUUGCUUGACUUUUGAAUGAGUGUAAAUUGUUUUCUUUUGUGUAUUUAUACUUGUAUGUAUGAUUUGCAUGUUUCAAUGUUAAAGGGAUAAAACAGUAUACUGAAAACAGUUUACAGGAAAGUGGAGAAAAAUGUACAUACAUUUUUGUAUGUUUAGAUAUUACCAUAAAUACUCAGGAUUGGAGCUGCUUGUAAGUAUAACAAUAUACAGAAUAACUUUAUUUUAUCUUGUCAGAGUCCAUCACUAAUCUAAAACAAAGGUGGCACUUUUCAUGUUAACCUUAAACUCUAGGCCUUACUGGAAGCCUCUGAAGGGGGACGCUUCAAUACCAGAUGGGUAUGCAGUGCCACAGAUGGUCACUUACACUGUGAGGCACUGACCUGCCUUCAGAGGUUCUGACCAGAUUGGCUGCUGAAAUAGCCCCUAGUUUUCUAAAGGCUUGAAGAGGAAAAAAUUAAGUUUACAUACUCUUGAUGUGAAGUGCAGUUAAAUGUUUGUUGGUUUGUUGCAGUACUAUAACACAGAGUUGUUAAUAAUGGUUAUGUAGAUUACUGUGAUUUGAAAACUAAAUUCACAAAAAGUACAUAGUGAAAAAUUAAGUUUUUUCCUUAAAGAAAAAACGUCAACACUACAUAGUUAAACAGUAAAUAGGGAUCGCAUUUCCUUCAGCAUUCGGAAUGACAGUGUAUUCUCAAACAUACUCCUCCCCUCAAGCUUGUUUGUGUGUGAUGCCACAUUUCUUUUUCAGGUAAAUUCAGUCUUCCUUUAAAAAUAAAAUUAAAACUAUUACUCUCUCAGUUCUUUUAUAUUCUAACAAUAAAUAAAAAGAAAAGAUCACUGUGCAUUGUACCUGUAUUUAUAGCUUAUCAGGAACCUCUGAGGAAAAAAAGGUAGACAGCUAGUGGAGGUUUUACAUUUGUUUGCACGUCUCAGUAUAGUCCUGUUGAGGUCAUAUUGGCACAGUCAUCUGACUUUGAAUAAACAAUAGACAUUAAUUUGUUUAAAAUUUGUUUUAAACAGCAGUAAUAUGGCCUGGUUUAUCGGUGAGUCUUCUAUUUAUUCUGUGGUAAAUCUUUGAGCUGUUGAGUAUCUUUGAGAUGGGUUGAAUUCAGCUUCUGUUGAACUGAAAGCUGUCUUCAUUUUUCCUCUAUGUAUAUGAUUUAUUUUUGUUUUAAAAAGCCACUGAUAUGUGCACAAUUGUAAUUUUAUUCAAGUAUGUUGCAGUUGUAAAUAUUAGAGUUUAAUCUUGUGCUCUACUUUUAUUUAGCAAUUACCUAAUUUGCCAAUAGCUUUAUAAUUUUUUAAAAGAUAAUUGUUUGUUAUUUUGUUAAUGUUAUUUGAAUUUAGUAUAGUAGGAGCUACUUUCUAGGGACUUUCCCUAGCUAGCAUGUCCUAACAUUUGUUCGUCUUGCAUAACUUUAGUAAUCUUUGUCAUUAUGUGUAACUUUGUUGUUUUGUAUGGCAUAUUAUUGUUAUCCACAAACAUAAUUUUGAUGCAGUUAUACUUUGACAGUGGUACAUAAUCCAAGGACUAGUAUAUAGAAUUAAGCUGAGUACAGAAUGAGGGAGGGAAGGGUUUUGUUCUUGGUAAUUUAGAUGUGAAACCUCUAAGGAGCUAUCAUGUGAAACUACAUAGUGUGGUUAUGCUACUGUAUACUUAGGGAUGAUAAUACCAGGAAUUUUAAUAAGAUUUUGUAAAGAAUAUCCAGAAAAUUAGUGAACAUAUUUUCAGUAUGACAUAGAAAACAAUGUGAAUAUUUAAGGUCUGUGACUAUACUUAAACUUCACAAAGAAUUUGCAGAAUUGUUUUGAGAUGUGGGAAUAAAAGUAAUUUUGUUGAAUCUUUAUUGGUGCUAAUGAUGGACAGUUAAAAAGUUAGCUAGUGUAUAUUGUUAUGGGUCAGUACUUAUUAGUACUUCCCAAAUUGAAUUUAAAAUGCUAUGUAUUCUCUUUUCACUCUGUAAAUGUAAAUCUUUACAAUGACUUUAUUUAUUAAAGGGCAGCCAGUUGUAAUUUUUA